AUGUCUGUUUUGGUAAAUGGUAGCCCGACAGAGGAUUUUAAUGUUGGUAAAGGGUUGAGGCAAAGAGACCCUCUCUCUCCAUUCAUGUUCUUGAUUGUAGAUGGAGGUCUCACAAGCCUUAUGCAUAGAGCGGUGGAUAAUAGCAUUUUCCAAGGUUACAAGGUUAGUAAGAAUAUUUCUUUUCAUACUCUUCAAUUUGCUGAUCAUACUAUUAUAGUGGGAGAUGGUAAUUGGGACAACCUUUGGACUAUAAAAAUUGUUUUGAGGAGUUUUGAGAUUGUGUCCGGUCUUAAAGUUAAUUUUUACAAAAGUAAGCUUUAUGGAAUUAAACUUGAGGACAACUUUUUAAGAGCUUCUUUGGCCUACUUGCAUUGUGAAGUGGAAUCUAUCCCCUUCCGAUUUCUUGGAAUUCGGGUAGGUGCUAAUUCAAGAAGAAGAGCUACUUGGUUACCUAUAAUCGAAUCCAUGAAAAAAAGACUUUGUGCUUGGAACGGUCGUAAUCUUUCUAUAGGAGAAUGGACAGCAAAGCUAUCGAAAACAGAAACAGUAGCAGCACAUGAUAUUCUUUCAAUUUUGGAAGCAGUGCGGCCACGAAGGGAGGUGAACGAUAGGAGAAGAUGGAUUUCACAUACUGCUGGUUUUUUUACUGUCAAAACAGUGUACAUAUGGCUUUGCAAAACUGGUCUGGUGCACAUGUUUUAG